UUCCCCUGCUUGAUCCCUCCCAAGCACUUGCCAAGAGCUCUUUUGUGCCUGGGCAUCGGGGGAGCAUAGGCGUGGCCAGCCUAGGCCAGCUGCUGUAUUACGGUAGCACCUUGGCAGCCCAACCAUGGACCCAGCCCCCAUUGGGCCAGGUCCUGUAUAAACCUCCCAAAAGACAGUCCCCGCCCCAGAGAUCUAAGAGAAGAGCCGACCGAUGCAGACGGACAGGGAGCGCGGGAAUCAAGGAGGCUGUACCACUCGGCGUGGCGGGCAGGGAUCUCCGCCCACCAGCGGCCUAACCGCUGGGAAGUCUGUUGGAGGCUUCCCGGCAAAGGAGCGUUUCCCAGCGGGCGCAGGAGGCCGAGGAGGGAGCCGUGCGGAUGUUUACGGGCAAGCGCACAAAGGUCCGGGGGAACGUUACUCACUGCGUCAGAGGGAAAAGGAUCGUGAGCAGGUGCGGGCUGGUGGCGCUGUGGAUGGCGGGCUCCCUCCUCAGUCUGUCCCAGGACGUCUCCCUGGAGAGGAUCGUGCAGGUGGCGCUGGAGAGAGGCUACACCGCCCAAGGGGAAAUGUUCUCAGCGGCUGACAUGGCCCAGCUGGCCGAGGAGCUGUUCCAGUGCCGGGCCGAGCUGCUCUCGGGAGGUCUCGAGGGAGAGAACCGAGGCAGGAUCCUUCGCCAUCUGACCGCUGGCUGCCCCCUGCUACUGCCCUACGACGAGGACUCCAACCACGAGCCCUGCAGGAGACGCGGCUACAGAGCCCACUGGGCCGUCGUCUCAGGACUCCUGCUGGGCCUCAGGGGCGGCGCCCUCAGCCCGGCCUGCCAGGAGGACGGGGAGAUCGCCGGCCUCUUCCACCCCAGCCCAGCCUGCCCCCCGCCUGCCCCGGAGGACGUGCUGGAGAUCUACCUGCUCUCCAAGCAGGGCAAGAGCUGGCGCCCCCAGCUGUGGAGCUACCGGCAGGCACACGAGAGCAACGCCCAGCUGACCGACUUCUGCCCCAAGCGGGCGGGCGACGGCAAGGUCUACGUGGUGCCCGCGGGAGGCGUGAGGGCAGGGCUCUGCGGCAAGACCGUGCUGCUGCACCCACGGACCGCACCGAGCGCCCUGCCCCAGCCAGCCGGGCCCCCCCCCGCUGCCGAGCGCUAGGCGCCACCGGAGCGCCCACCUGCUGCAAACUCCCUGCCCAUGCUACAAGGGACAGCGGGGCCUAGUGGGUGAAGCACUGAUCUGGGACUCGGGGGGGCCUGGCUCUGCCGCUCUUCCCCUCUCCGUGCCUCAGUUUCCCCUCUGCAAAAUGGGGCCAAUGAUCCUGCCCUCCUUUGCAGAGUGCCUGGAGACGGAGCGGUGCACGGGGAGGGGCAGAGCGUAGCAUACUGAGACCCACUGAGGAGACAGCCGCUGGGGUUAAAGUGCCGGGUGCGGCCCCGGCCCCUUUUUGCUGAUGCCCGCCGGCCUGCGGCCAUGGGGGAGGAGCAGCUAUUUCAGGCCCUCUCCAGAGGCACUACUGCUCUUCUACCCAGUGACGCUUUUCAGAAUGUCCCAGAUUCCUGGUUUGGGGCCACGGCGCCAGGAAACGGCAGGUACUUGUGGCCGGCUCUGAAAAUAACUUAACGCUUCCUGUCUGCCACCCGCCACUGUUAGCUCUUGAGAGCAGGGACUGGCUCUCAGUCGGGGUCUGGGCAGCGCGCGGUCCGAUGGGGCCCUGAUCUCGGGCGGGGUCUGGGCAGCGCCCGGUCCGACGGGGCCCUGAUCUCGGGCGGGGUCUGGGCAGCGCCCGGUCCGACGGGGCCCUGAUCUCAGGCGGGGUCUGGGCAGCGCCCAGCGCGAUGGUCUCGGAUCUCUAGAGUUGCUGUCAUACAGCGAACUUGGGAACUUUAACCCAUGCCCAGCAAACAUGCAUUAAAGACAAAGGCUGUUUGGUUUCCACA